UCCUGAUUGAACUGAAUCUGUCUGAACGGAGGAGACUCCGAUCUCAGUUUUAAUACAUGGAGCGGAGAAAUGCGGUGCUUGCUGGUGCCAGUUGACUUAACAGAGGGUUGUCGCUAGCACGACUGGAUUUGACUUUCAGGAUGUGGUGUGAAUAAGCAGCAGCAGGAUGUGAUGUCAACCCUUUCACAGCAGAGCAAGGGAAAGAGAAUGUCGGUGCACGGUCUUAAGACCAAGUAUGCGCCAGAUUAGGUGUGUGUUUGUUUGUAAGCAAGGAAUUAGCGGCAUGAUGAGCGGUCGUAACAAUCAAAUGUUAGUACGGGGACACCACAACGACUCCACGUUCAAGAACGAAAGAAGUCUGUGAGCUUGGUCUGCGGUGCAACAUCACGGACUGGCUGCCGAUCGAGAGUUGACGGUACAGGGGAGCAGAGCAGGAAAUUGUACUGACCAAGCGCAGCUAGACAGAGGCAGUCACCCUCCACCCUCCAGGCCGCGUCAGUUUGCUUGCUUACAUGUACUCGAGACGCCAUUAACACCAACCAGAUCCCCGCCGGCCACUGCCAUCACCAUCGGCUCCGACGUGAGUAUCUCCAUCCAUCCUGCUACUGCUCGUCGUCUGUAGCAAUUGCCGUUACCUUAUCCGAUGGGACCUCCCGGAAACUCCUUUCAGCCGCCCGCACGAGCUUUGACCCCAAAACCCCAGUCCCCUUUCGCGGAAGCACCCCAAUACCACCACCUUCACAUUUGGUCUAAUUCCACGGACACCUUUCUGUCCACCACGUCACCGCUGACGAUAAACUUACUUUCAAUACUUAACGAUCACGCUUGUUGGUUGGCGCCCAGCAGCACUAGAGCCACUACAAGCAGCAGCUACUUAAGAAGGCGCCACCGAGCAACCACUCCUGUCCUCCCUCUCUCCACACCUCUUUCGAUCAGCCAGAUAUCCUUUUCGCCAUGGCAUCUUCCACAGGGAGCUUGGACCACGCCGCCGGGUUCACCUUCACCACCUCCUUCACUGACCUGCUCUCCGGCUCGACGCCGAUGCCCAAGUUCAAGUCCUCGCAGCCGCCCAGCCUGCCCAUCUCGCCCUCGUCCUUCUCUUACUUCUCCAUACCUCCGGGCCUCAGCCCCGCCGACCUGCUCGACUCCCCCGUCCUCCUCAACUACUCCAAUAUUUUGGCGUCCCCCACAACCGGUGCGAUCCCGGCGCACUGGAAGGCCUCUCAGCAAGAUCAGGACAGCCGAGGCAGCGGUGACUUCUCCUUCCAAGCCGUCAACAAACACACAGAUUCAUCGCCUCAAACAAAUUCUUUCCCUUCCAUCAAGGAGCAGCAGGUGGCACAAGUGAGCAACAACAAGAGCAACAAGCAGCUGGAGGACGGGUACAAGUGGAGAAAGUACGGGCAGAAGCAGGUGAAGGGGAGCGAGAACCCGAGGAGCUACUACAAGUGUACCUACAGCAACUGCUCCAUGAAAAAGAAGGUCGAGCGGUCCCUCGCCGACGGACGCAUCACGCAGAUCGUCUACAAGGGCGCGCACCACCACCCCAAGCCCCUCUCCACCCGCCGCCAUAACACCUCUCCACCCGUCGCCGAUCAGGAGCACUCUGGCGUCACCCCCGAGAACUCUUCUGUCACGUUCGGAGACGAUGAAGCCGACAACGGGUCGUCGCAGGGCGCCGAGCCCCAAGCCAAGCGCUGGAAGGAGGAUGCCGACAACGAGGGCAGCUCCGGCGGCAAGCCGGUGCGCGAGCCAAGGCUAGUGGUACAGACGCUGAGCGAUAUCGACAUACUGGACGACGGCUUCCGGUGGAGAAAGUACGGCCAGAAGGUCGUCAAGGGCAAUCCCAAUCCAAGGAGCUACUACAAGUGCACCACGGUGGCCUGCCCGGUGCGAAAGCAUGUGGAGCGGGCGUCGCACGACAACCGCGCCGUCAUCACCACCUACGAGGGCAAGCACAACCACGACGUGCCGCUCGGCCGCCCGACGACGUCCUCUUCCUCUGCUGCUGCCGCCGGACACGGACAACAGGGCCCCUACACUCUGGAGAUGCUCACCAACACCAAGGACGAGCCCAGGGACGACUUGUUCGUCGACUCGCUCCUUCUCUGCUAGGCAAGCAAAAGCAUAUGGGCGAUGGCCUUAAUUUACGUAGCGUCUAUCACUUGACUGACUCCUCCUGAUUUAGUUUUGGCCAUGAUGUAUUCAGCGUUGUGGUUGUUUCUUAUUUGUAAAGUUUACAUGAUAGUCACAGAAUUUAACAGUUCCA